AGAGGCGAGGGCGGGGACACGAGUCGUCCCCACUGCGCUGCUGCUGCUGCUGCGUCUCACGACUCAACACCAUCACCACCAUCAUCAUUACCACCACUCCUCAACAACACCAACACCACCACCAUCAUUACCACCACUCCUCAACACCACCAACACCACCACCAUCAUUACCACCACUCCUCAACAACGCCACCACUAACCACCACUCCUCAACAACACCAUCACCACCAUCAUCAUCACCACUAACCAUCACCACUCACUCCUAACCACCACUCCUCAACACCAACAGCCUCAUCUUCAUUACCACCAUCAUUAUUACCACUCAUUACCACCACUCCUCAACACCACCAACACCACCACCAACACCACCACCAUCAUUACCACCACUCCUCAACAACCCCACCACUCACCACCACCACUCACCACCACCACCACUCACCACCACCACUCCUCACCACCACCACUCACCACCACCACUCACCACCACCACCACUCACCACCACCACUCCUCACCACCACCACUCACCACCACCACUCACCACCACCACCACUCACCACCACCACUCCUCACCACCACCAUCACCACCCGCUUGGUUCCCUGCGGGAUUCGCUCGGGGGACUCUUCUCGUCGGGACGCCGCCACCACCCCCCCUGGUUGACAGGAUGGCUACUCGCAGGACGGUGCCGGGCCGAGGCCAGGAUGUGGACGCGGAGUCGAUGCUCAGCGGACUCUCGGCGGACGAGCUCAAGCAGCUAGCGGAGGAUCUGCAGGACAUGGACCCGGACAACGCGCUGCUCCCCGCCGCGUUCCGACAGAAGGACCAGACAACAAAGGCACCGGCGGCGCCGUUCAACCGCGAGGAGCUCCUGCGCUUCCUGGAGACGCAAGCGCGGGAGCACCGUGACCGCGAGGACCUCGUGCCCUUCACCGGCGAGAAGAAGGGUAAGGAGUUUGUCCCGAAGGUGAAACCAAUGCCGGUGGAGGAGAAAAUGGCACUGGACCCCGAGCUGGAGGAGGCUCUGUCCGGAGCUACGGACGUGGAGCUGUGCGACAUCGCUGCCAUCCUGGGCAUGCACACCCUGGUGAGCACCCCGCAGUACUACAGCGCCCACAAGGGGACGAGCCACGCGGACGGCAUCGGCAGUGUGGUGCGUGCCGAGCCCAUGCGCCCCAUGCCCGAAGAGCCCCCCAACCCCACGGACGUGGAGGCGACGCUGCAGCGUAUCCGUGACAACGACCCCCGCCUCCAGGAGGUCAACCUCAACAACAUCAAGAGCAUCCCGAUCCCAACGCUGAAGGAUUACGCGGAGGCGCUGAAGAGGAACACCCAUGUCGCGUCGUUCAGCCUCGCGGCCACACGCAGCAACGACCCCGUCGCCCUGGCACUGGCGGACAUGCUACGGGAAAACCGCGCGCUGCGCAGCCUCAACGUGGAGACCAACUUCAUCACAGGCAGCGGCAUCCUGGCCAUGGUGGAGGCGAUGCACGAAAACGACUCGCUCAGCGAGCUCAAGAUCGACAAUCAGAGGCAGCAGCUGGGGAACCACGUAGAGAUGGAAUUGGCUCGCCUGGUGGAGGAGAAGCCGACGCUGCUGAAGCUGGGAUACCACUUCCUGCAGCAGGGGCCCCGCACGCGGGCAGCAGACGCAAUCACCCGCAACAACGACCUGAUUCGACAGAAGAGGCUGGAGGGGUGAGACGCGGCCAUCCACGGAGAGGACAGCUGGGCCACGGCCACCCUGGGCCAACACUGUCCUGGCCCCCCUCCCCAGCUGCGAUCCCCUCGCCCGCCCUCCCGCCAGCACCACCACCACCCCACCCGCCGCCACCCUCCCCCUUGGUGCCACCCGCACUGGAGUCGGCACCGUCGAGGUCACGUGACCUCGUGACCCCAGCCUCGCCUGGACGGGGACCAAUUGACGCGAUGACGAUUGGGACGUGACAGCUCUCCUUCCGCCCCCCAC